CUUUCAGCCGUGCCCCGGUCCCCAUGGCUGUGGUCCGAAGGGAGCUGUCCUGUGAGAGUUACCCCAUAGAGCUUCGCUGCCCGGGAACAGAUGUUAUCAUGAUCGAAAGUGCCAACUACGGGAGGACUGAUGAUAAAAUCUGUGACUCUGAUCCUGCUCAGAUGGAGAAUAUCCGCUGUUAUCUGCCAGAUGCCUAUAAGAUUAUGACUCAAAGAUGCAGUAAUCGUACCCAAUGUGCAGUUGUGGCUGGCCCUGAUGUGUUUCCAGACCCUUGCCCUGGGACAUACAAGUACCUGGAAGUGCAGUACGAAUGUGUCCCUUACAUUUUUCUUUGCCCUGGACUGCUGAAAGGAGUAUACCAGAGUGAACACUUAUUUGAAUCUGACCACCAAUCUGGUGCCUGGUGCAAGGACCCUCUGCAGGCAUCUGACAAGAUCUACUACAUGCCCUGGACGCCGUACCGGACGGACACACUGACAGAGUACUCCUCCAAGGAUGACUUCAUUGCUGGGAGGCCAACCACGACCUACAAGCUCCCACACCGGGUGGAUGGCACGGGGUUUGUGGUAUAUGAUGGGGCUUUGUUCUUCAACAAGGAACGAACCAGGAACAUAGUCAAGUUUGACUUGCGGACGAGGAUAAAAAGCGGGGAGGCUAUCAUAGCUAAUGCAAAUUACCAUGACACCUCUCCCUACCGCUGGGGAGGCAAGUCUGAUAUAGACCUGGCUGUGGAUGAGAACGGGCUGUGGGUAAUCUAUGCAACAGAACAAAAUAAUGGCAAAAUAGUCAUUAGCCAGUUAAACCCUUACACGUUAAGGAUUGAAGGGACAUGGGAUACUGCCUAUGACAAGAGGUCAGCUUCUAACGCCUUCAUGAUCUGUGGAAUUUUAUAUGUGGUGAAGUCUGUGUAUGAAGAUGAUGACAAUGAAGCCACAGGGAAUAAAAUAGAUUACAUAUAUAACACUGACCAAAGCAAGGAUAGCAUGGUGGAUGUGCCCUUUCCAAACUCCUACCAGUACAUUGCUGCUGUGGAUUAUAAUCCCCGGGACAACCUCCUUUACGUAUGGAACAACUAUCACGUUGUGAAAUAUUCCUUGGAUUUUGGCCCACUGGACAGCAGAGCAGGGCAGGCUCACCAUGGGCAAGUUUCCUACAUUGCCCCACCGAUCCACCUCGAUUCGGAUCUGGAAAGGUCACCAUCCAAGG